AGCUAUGCUAGCUGGUGCUUAGCAGAGCAGCCUGACUGCGAGCAAAAAACAACAACAGGCUACUUUGCGAAGACGGCAGCUGCAUGGAUAGCGACAACAACGACGACCAGGAGUCCACGCACGCGAUGAUAUUUUCUUAAACCAACAUGCAUCUUAGCCUUAUAAUCAGCGGCGGCGGCAGCAGCGGUGCCAUGAACAGUGGACUCCCAGCUUCAGCUGCUCCGCUCGGGGGUGCCGGGAUACCCAAUGUCAAGGUGAAAUUUUGCCGAUAUUACGCGAAAGACAAGACCUGCUUUUAUGGAGACGAGUGUCAGUUCCUGCACGAGGAUCCGUCCAUGGCAAGCCUGCCGCUGCACGGCGGCGGCAGUAGCCCCGUCCCGUUGUCCAUGGCCGGCGGGACGCCAGCGGGGUAUUCUCUCGGUGGCUCCGCGGCGGCCUGCCCGGGCGGCGGGGGGACCGGUGUGUCCAAGAAGAGCGAAACAUUGGGGCCUGCAGGCACUUCUCUCGAAGGGCAGCUGUUAACCAUCCCAGGGAUGGAGGGCGCAACCCUGAGUGAUGCCAAUCUUACCAACUCUUACUUCAGCAGCAGCUUUAUUGGGGUCAAUGGGUUUGGAAGCCCAGCAGAGUCUAAAUACUCAAUGAUGCAGCGAAUGACCACCAGCAGCAGCUCUCCAAGUCUCCUCAACGAUGGUGCCAAGAACUUCAGCCACAGCACACAUGAUCCAGUGAACUCUCCGGCAUCCUCACUUUUCAGUGAUUUUGGUGCUCUUAGCAUUUCCCAAAGGAGAAAGACUCCUAACCCGGCAGCAAGUGAGUUCAUCCCCAAGGGAGCUCCACGUAUGGCCACCAUGGCUCAGUCCACUGUCCAGGCCUUCCCCUCACCUCUCUUCUCACAUCCUGCCAUCAGCAGCUCCACAGCUGCUGCGCUGGCUCCAGGCAUGUCUCUGUCUGCGGGAUCUUCUCCUCUCCACUCCCCAAAAAUUACACCGCACACCUCACCUGCUCCUCGUAGGCGAAGUCACACCCCAAACCCUGCCAACUACAUGGUGCCCACCACAGCAUCUGACCAGGGCACUCACAUAAUCCAGAAAGAGACUGUAGGGGGGACCACCUACUUUUACACAGACAACACCCCGGUACCAAUGGCUGGGAUGGUGUUUCCUACCUACCAUAUCUAUCCCCCCACUGCGCCCCAUGUGGCUUACAUGCAGCCGAAAGCCAACGCCCCGUCCUUCUUCAUGGCUGAUGAACUCCGACAGGAGUUGAUAAACAGACAUCUGAUAACCAUGGCCCAGAUUGACCACUCAGAGAACCCAGAUGUACCGUCUGAGGUGGACAGCUACCACAGCCUGUUCCCUCUCGAGCCCCUCCCCCCACCAAAUCGCAUGCAGAAGACCAGCAACUUCAGUUACAUCACCUCCUGCUACAAGGCGGUCAACAGCAAGGAUGACCUGCCGUACUGCCUGAGGAGGAUACACGGUUUUCGCCUUGUUAACACCAAGUGCAUGAUGCUGGUGGACAUGUGGAAGAAGAUUCAGCACUCAAACUCUGUCACACUGAGGGAGGUCUUCACCACAAAGGCCUUUGGAGACCACUCGUUGGUGUUCUCUUAUGACUUCCAUGCGGGUGCAGAAACUAUGUUCAGCAGACACUUCAAUGACCCAGCAGCAGACUCGUACUUUACCAAGAGGAAGUGGGGACAACAUGAACCUCCCCCACCACGGCAGCACGCAGGUCUGCUUCCUGAGUCUCUGAUCUGGGCAUACAUUGUCCAGCUCAGCUCGGCCCUGCGCACCAUCCACACUGCCGGCCUGGCCUGUCGUGUCAUGGACCCCAGCAAAAUUCUUAUUACUGGCAAGACCAGGUUACGGGUGAACUGUGUUGGGGUGUUUGAUGUCUUAACUUUUGACAACAGUCAGACCAAUCAUCUUGCCCUAAUGCCACAGUACCAGCAAGCAGACCUAGUGUCGCUGGGCAAGGUGGUGCUGGCGUUGGCAUGUAACUCCCUGGCUGGCAUUCAAAGGGAGAACCUGCAGAAGGCCAUGGAGCUGGUGUCCAUCAACUACUCUUCAGACCUCAAGAACCUCAUUCUGUAUCUGCUGACUGAACAGUCUCGCCUGCGCAGCGUCAAUGACAUUAUGCCGAUGAUUGGAGCUCGGUUCUACACACAACUGGAUGCAUCGCAGAUGAGGAAUGAUGUCAUUGAGGAGGACCUGGCCAAGGAGGUGCAAAAUGGCCGUCUCUUCCGCCUGUUGGCCAAACUGGGCACCAUCAACGAGCGGCCCGAGUUUCAGAAGGACCCGACGUGGUCGGAGACGGGCGACCGCUAUCUGUUGAAGCUUUUCCGCGAUCACCUGUUUCACCAGGUGACAGAAGCUGGGACGCCCUGGAUCGACCUCAGCCACAUUGUCUCCUGCCUCAACAAACUGGACGGGGGCGUUCCUGAGAAGAUCAGCCUGGUGUCACGGGACGAGAAAAGCGUCCUGGUUGUGACCUACUCGGACCUGAAGCGCUGCUUCGACAGUACCUUCCAGGAGCUGCAGGCUGCAGCCUCCGGUUCUCUGUAGCGCCCUCUUCGGCCAGAGGUGGGACUGCCCGGACCUGGAGCACACUAUUGCACUACACGGGAGGACCAGGCUCAUGGAGAUGACAUCAGCAUGACGAAGGCAGUGGGGCAGGGCUUCGUGAACCUCAGUCACAUACACUGACCCUGUCACACCAGGAAGGCUUUUUCUAAAGUGUAUUUUUUUUAGUUUUCCUAAACCCCACAGCUGAAAAUCGUAGAACAAAAGGAAAAAGAAAAAAGAAAAAGGACAAAUAUGGAAGCUGUGACAAACGAGUAUGAUGACUUUUUUUAGAUUUGGGGAACAAAACGAGAAACAAACCAUGAGGUUUCGAACUUUUUUCCUGCUUUUAUUGUUUAUUUCUACAAUUGGGGUUUAUUUUUCAGAGGAGGAUGCACUAAGAUUUUAAUUUUUUUGUUAAUUUUUGUUAUUUUUAUGAAUGCAUGUGAGUGGCUUACAGGAUGUACAGAGAGAGAUAAAGACACACACACGGACAUAAAUACCAGAGCAGACUAAGAAUGAAAACAAACAACAAAAAAAGAAAUCCAGCUUUUCCAGCUUUGUCUCUCUUCCGGCUGGAGACCACACCCCUUCAUUCUGACGCACUAGGAGACGGGACACACCACUCAAGGCUUUUUUGGGGGGCGGGAUGGCACCUGUUUCAUGAAAUGGGCCAGCCCACCUUUGCCUUGGUUGUUGGUUCCCCUGUACAGAGGACAAACCACUUUGGGUGGGUGGGAAGGGUUCUUAAAACUGGAAAAUCGAUGGAUUUCUGACAUUUUAGUUCAGGAGAUUGUGGAACAUCAGGCUCAUAAAUGUGGGUGGGUGGGCUAGCAUGGACUGGAAUUUGGGGCUUAAAACGUGGUUUUUGUUGGCACUGAGGAAGGGGUGUCUUCUCCUGAUACUGUCUACCAAGUGUUUGUUACAUAUGCAGCAACCACCUUUUGGUUAAUGGACGCUAUCCUAACAUGAACUGCUCAAGGAUGGGUAAUUUUGGUUUGACUGUCCAGCACUUGGGUGUAGCCCUUGGGUGGGGCUUCUGUUGAGGUGGAGCCACAGCUGCCUCUUUGUGGAAUGUCCUUAUUUUGUCCCCCGCCCGCACCUAACAUCCCCUUUCUCUGUCUCUCUUACUCCCCUCUUCUUCCUGCUUUUAUCCAAAACUUCACUUCCCCUCAGGGGGUCUUGGCACCUCAACAUUUGAGAAAAAGUGAUGCUUUUUGUGAAUUUUUUUUUUUCCCUAGCUGGUUUUUCUCUUUGCUAAGAUAUUGCGCAGGAAUGCAUGAGUGGGAGGGCAAUUAAUUUUUGCCUCAAUUCAACUCUUUAUUAUUCUGUGGACCAAUUCCAGCAGGGGUAUAGGGAAAUGGGAAGGGAUGGAGGGCGAAGGAGAGAAUAGGAACAGGGCACCAACAGUUAAUUUUGUUUGUGUUGGUUUUAUUUGACUUUUAAAGAUCAUGACACACAAACGUGCUGGAGACAAAACAGUGGCACUGGCUAUUGCACUCACUCAGAUGGCUUGGAUUUCUCUCAGGAUGACAAACAGCUGGAGUGGCCCAAUGAUUGAAUGUGUUUGGCUGUCAUUGGCCGCCCCCUGUCCAGUCAGAUAGAUGAGCUACAGUGGAGUGGGUGGGGACGUCUUCAGAUUGAGGUUUUAGGAAAGUAACAGCAUUGUGGAGAUCAUGCUGUGAGGGAUUUCAUGUUGCCCUUAAGCACAGUUCAUAUUUCGUUAAUGAAACAAAUCUCUUGUUCUUCAAAUUGACUGACUGAAUUUGGUGCAGAUCUGCUUCACCCAGGUAAAGAGAUGAAUCCAAGCUCUGUCAAACUACUGUUCUUGAUUCCUCUGCCUUUGUCUUGUUCUCAGUAGCUUUUGACGAAUUUGUACAAACAUAAGACUGAAGAAAAACAGGGUCACAUGUAUGAACCGCGCUGUCAGUUAAGAGACAAGUCAAGGUGAAAGGCAUAAACGAGGACCGUGUCUUGGUUGCAGUCGGCUUUAUGUAAACCUGUCAGAGUUGUCAUGGAAGUCGAUCAGUCUGUACUUGGGGGCAACAAACCUGCAGGGAGCUGGCUGUGUUAGAUCAUGUAUUACUUCCUCUGUUUUAGUGAAAUGAACAGACAAAACAUAUUUGGUGAAUGUGGUGCUUUAGAAAACCCUCAAAACACACACACAGAGAGACACACACCUUCAGAGGCGCACACACACACACACACACACACACACACACCCCCAACUCGGCCAACACAAUGUCAGUGCUCGUAUCACUAUCUACCACAUCAUAACACACACACACACUCCAGUUAAUAUUAGUGAUGACCAUCUUCUCCUCUUUCACAUCAACACACCUACAAUCACCAUCUUGGUAUGUUUUAUGCCCCUCUUGUGUUCAUUGUCUCAAAUUUUGCAAUAUUUGUGUGUACAGCAGUAUUUUAAUAAAGAAUACCAAAACUGA